AUGCCAGCCGAUCGAGACUUCGAAGAAGGCCAUGGCAGCGUCGACAAGAGCAACUAUGACUUCCGCUACAACUCCAUCGCCACCUCAGGCUCCGGCUACAGCAAAGAGCACCACUCCCAAGUAGAAUAUGCCCAGCAAGGUGGGCCACAUAUAGCGAUUGCUGCUGCUCCACAUCCACACCGCGACCAACACGACGCAGAAGCUGCUGCUUUACAUCAGAAGCUGGGCUUGAGACCCAAUGAGCACAUUCAGAUUAUCGACUGGAAUGGACCAGAUGAUCCAGAGAAUCCGUUCAAUUGGUCAAACGCAUACAAGUGGACAGCGACAUUGACAACAUGUUUCAUCUCCAUCCUGACUGGAAUCCCAGCUGGAGCGUACGGCGCCGCAAGCAACCAGAUGUCUGAGGCCUGGCACAUUGAUCAAAGUGGCUUUCCAUAUCUAUCUUUCGCACUCACCACUUGGAACAUAGGCGCAGCUUUCUUUCCGCUGCUCUUCGUACCAUUGACAGAGAGCACGGGUCGCAUGCCGGGCUAUUUCGCCGCCUACAUCCUCUUCAUAAUCUGGCUUAUCCCCUCCGCCCUCUCCCCCAACUUCGCCACAAUCCUCAUAACCCGCUUCUUCGGCGGCGGCGCCUCCAGCGUAGCAAUCACCAUCGUCGCCGGCACGAUCACCGACAUCUGGAAAGGCGACCGAGCCCGCAGCACCCCGAUGGCCGUCUUCGGCAUGACCUCCGUUGUAGGAAUCGCCCUAGGCCCUUUUGUUGGCGGCGCAAUCCAAUCCUCCUCCACCCUCUCCUGGCGCUGGAUCUACUACAUUCAAAUCAUCUACUGCGUAGCCUUCCUUCCGGCCUUCUACUUGAUCCUCUCCGAAACCCGCGGCGACGUAAUCCUCGCAACCCGAGCAAAAAAACUCCGCAAACAAGGCCAUCGAACCGCUUACGCUCGCUCUGAACUCAAUAAACCCAGUCUCGCCACCGCUCUUAAAAUCUCUUUCCUCCGUCCGACAAAAAUGCUCUGCACGGAACCUGUGGUUAUCAUGUUUACCCUCUGGGUCAGCUUCGCCUGGGGCCUCUUGUUUCUCUUCCAAUCCAGCGUCCCACUCGUCAUGUCAGCGAUUUACCCCCACUUCACGACUUUCCAACUCACAUUAAUCCAACUGGCGAUAUCCGCUGGAGCAAUCAUCGCUUGGCUUUUAAACCCUUUUCAAGAUCGUCUCUAUUUCUCCUCCGCGGGAAGGAAUACCGAACGGCCGGGGAAACCCAUCCCAGAAGCAAGAUUGUACACUUCAGUUCCUGGAUCCCUUAUUUUCGGCGCGGCGAUGAUUUGGUUUGGAGUUAGUAAUCAUCCGAAUAUAUCUUUUUGGGUACCGACGAUUGCCCUUGGAGCGUUUGGGAUAGGAGUUUAUUCUAUCUAUCUCGCUGUAACAAACUAUCUCGCUGACGCGUAUGAGAAAUACGCUGCUUCUGCCCUCUCAGCCGCUGGGCUAGGACGAAAUGCUCUAGGAGCUUUCUUGCCGUUGGCGACGCCGGCGAUGUAUAACAACUUGGGCUUCGUGACCGCUUCUUGUUUGUUGGGUGGACUGGCGAUUGCUUUGACGUUGGCGCCUUUGGCCUUGCUAUGGAAGGGAGAGGCGAUUAGGGCGAGAAGUCCUUUCAUGUUGGAUGCGACGUUGGAUGAGGGAGAGGCAGAGGAGAGGAGGGAGUCGGUUGCUAGGAGAUGGAGUGAGCAUCAUGGAGGUGCGAGUAUGGUUGAGAGGAAGAGGAGUUCGGUUUUGCCGGAUUCGAGGGUUGGGACGCAGAAUUUUAGGGGAGUGUGAGUUUUGUCUUCGGGGGCGUAAGAAUGUCUGUUCA